CCCAAACUGGAGCUCGACUUUCAGAACAGAGACGCCCCAGCAAGAUCCUCAGGGAGUCAUCCAGCUCCUCACCCCCAUGGGCCAGACGGCCCUGGCAGGGGGCAGCAGCAGCACCCCCACCACACAGGCCCUGUAUCCAGACCUCUCUUGUCCCGAGGGCUUGGAAGAGCUGCUCUCUGCUCCCCCUCCUGACCUGGGGGCCCAACGGCGCCACGGCUGGAACCCCAAGGACUGCUCAGAGAACAUCGAGGUCAAGGAAGGGGGGUUAUGCUUUGAGCGGCGUCCUGUGGCCCAGAGCACUGAUGGGGUCCGGGGUAAGAUGGGCUACUCGAGGGGCCUGCACGCCUGGGAGAUCAGCUGGCCUCCUGGGCAGAGGGGCACACAUGCCGUGGUGGGCGUGGCCACGGCCCUCGCCCCGCUGCAGGCCGACCACUAUGCGGCGCUGCUGGGCAGCAACAGCGAGUCGUGGGGCUGGGACAUUGGGCGGGGGAAGCUGUACCAUCAGAGCAAGGGGCCCGGGGCCCCCCAAUAUCCAGCCGGACCUCAGGGUGAGCAGCUGGAGGUGCCGGAGAGGCUGAUGGUGGUUCUGGACAUGGAGGAGGGAACUCUGGGCUACGCUAUUGGGGGCUCCUACCUGGGGCCAGCCUUCCGUGGACUGAAGGACAGGACCCUCUAUCCGGCAGUAAGCGCUGUCUGGGGCCAGUGCCAGGUCCGCAUCCGCUACCUGGGCGAAAGGAGAGCGGAGCCACACUCCCUUCUACACCUGAGCCGCCUGUGUGUGCGCCGCGCCCUGGGGGACAUGCGGCUUGGCCAGAUAUCUGCUCUGCCCUUGCCCCCUGCCAUGAAGCGCUACCUGCUCUACCAGUGACCAGUCAUAGCACAGACUGUGCUAGGCCUCGAUACCAACCCCGCACUGGGGGAGGCAGGGAGGCACUGCUGGCCUAGACAAGAACUUGAAGCCAGUGAGGCUGGGGGAGGUGAGGCUGGGCCCCUACCCCAACCCAAGCCCUGGGGAGCACAACAGCCCCAGAGCCACCCAGAGGGGUGGAAGGGAGGGAGCUGCUAUUCAAGGCCUGGUACGCAAGACAUUUUUCCAAGUAAAAGUCGUGUGUAAGAGAUGUGUCAUUAUAGAAACCCA